GGUGUCUCUCGUGGGCUGGCUUGGCCCCUCUGGUGGAUCCUGCGCUCCUGAAUGUCUUCGUCGUGAGGGUUGUGCCGCGAGACAUACAAAGAAUGGAAUCAAAACCAUCAAGGAUUCCUCGAAGAAUAUCUGUUCAGGCCUCCAGCUCUGCACUAGGAUCUAGAACAUUGACUGGGAACAGUUUAGCCAGUGCAUAUGGAGCAAGAGAAUCUUCACGGACAUUAGAAUCUGGAUACGAGGAUGCAUGUGAUAAGCAUGUUGUUCUUCAGGAAUCCAGUGUGUUGAAUAGUUCCAGUAGAGACUGGGGAAUUGGAGAACGAGACGCCCAUGAAACUCCUUGGAAGCUUUCAGCAUCCUCUCCAACUCGCUACUCAGGGACACUUGAUCAUCCACAUUCUGGAAGAUUUUUAGGAAGCAGAAACAGAUUGUCUACAUCGUCGUCUUCUCAUUUUACAUCUGGGUGUUAUGGUGAGUCUGAGAGAAUUCAGGGAGCAUAUUCAAGACUGCAUAGCCAGCAGCGAGAUAGUGACUCCAAGAGACCUAAGCUGUCUUGUACCUCUGCCUCUUCUGUGAGAAGUAACAGCUUGACUCCCUUUUCAGAUUCUUCUUGGAGGUACAGUAGGAUUCCUAGAUCUUCAUCAGUGAUGCUUGGCUCCCUUGGAACUGAGCUGAUGAGAGAGCGAAGAGAGUUAGAAAGAAGAACAGAUCUGUCUGUUAAUAACUUGGUGGAUCACAGCUACAGAAAUAGUGACUUUUCAUCUUCAGCACAUCUUCAAGACAGGCCUGCCUCUUCGUAUGCAGAGGGAGCAAGACCAAAAGAGAACUCAUUAAGCACUUUCAGGCUGAAUGCAUCUGUGAACCGCCAGUUGCCUUCUGACCAUCAGCCAGCUUUUUUCAACAGAGACUCUAACAUGAGCUCUUCAAGAUGCAGCUAUCCUUCAAGACAAAGGAGAAAUGAAUUAGAAUCUCCCCAGAGGAGUGUGCAGUCAUCAUGUUCUCUUAUUAGGGAUGAAACUCCUUCCUCUAGUAGUUCUGAAAGAGUUUUUUCUUCUCAAAGGUCACUGAAUGAGCCUGCAGCUGACAGUGAAGGGAGGCGAACAACUAGACAGCUGCUGUCUCGCUUAGCCUCUAGUAUGUCUUCUACAUUUUUCUCUCGAAGAUCUAGCCAAGACUCAUUGCAUACAAGAACAUUAGGCUCUGAAGAGUCAAUAGUGGUCCCAAGAGUUCAAGCUUCUCUGUCGAGCGGUAAUGGAGCUGCGACUCCAGCAGUUCCAGGACUUCAGACAUCUGAAGCUUCUCAGGGAUUUAGUUUUCUUAGACGAAGAUGGGGUUUAUCAGGAGUUUCACACAAUCAUAACUCUGAAUCAGAUGGAGAAAAUUACAGACCAGACUCUGAAAGUAGAAGCACAGGAUCCUGGUUAUCAUCAUCUUUGAGGAACAGAUGCACACCACUAUUUUCCAGAAGAAGAAGAGAAGGAAGAGAUGAAUCUGCAAGGAUCUCUACCUCUGAUACAACUGCCAGAUCACAACAUGUCUUCAGAAGAAGAGAGUCAGGUGAGGAGACAUCUCUUGAAGCAUCAGAUAGCCCUCGUCGGGCUUCUGUUAGCAGACCAUCACCAUCUGCAGUAUCUGGUAUUCCUACAGCUACUGCCUCCCCAUCAGAUUCAGCACACAGUAGGAGAAGUUCUGGAAUUCUGCCUGGUUCUCUCUUUCGCUUUGCAGUGCCUCCAACAUUAGGAAGCAGUAUGUCUGACAAUCUUAUGAUAACUGUAGAUAUUAUUCCCUCUGGCUGGAGUCAAUCUGAUGGACAAGAAAGUGGCAAGUCUAGAAUACCACCUUCAAGAGAUCCAGAAAGACUGCAAAAAAUUAAAGAGAGCCUGCUUUUAGAAGAUUCCGAAGAUGAAGAGGGUGACUUAUGCAGAAUCUGUCAGAUGUCCUCUGCAAGUUCAGACAACCUUUUAAUAGAGCCGUGCAAAUGCACUGGAAGUCUGCAGUAUGUUCACCAGGAGUGCAUGAAAAAAUGGUUGCAGUCCAAGAUUAAUUCAGGUUCUUCCUUGGAAGCAGUAACAACUUGUGAACUGUGCAAAGAGAAGUUGAAUCUGAAUCUGGAAGACUUUGACAUUCAUGAGCUGUAUAGGGCACAUGCAAAUGAACAAGCAGACUAUGAAUUUAUCAGCUCUGGUCUCUACCUUGUAGUGUUGUUACACUUAUGUGAGCAGCGCUUUUCUGAUAUGUUGGGAACUGCAAGUGAGGCCAGCACACGAGUCAGAUUUAUUAACCUUGCAAGAACUCUUCAGGCACAUAUGGAAGAUAUUGAAAGUAGGUGCUUCCCCUCUUCCCCUCCCCUCCCAUUAGGUCAACUCAAAAGUUAAAUGAGUACAAUCCUCCUUGCCAAGAUUCAUAAUACCAAACCUAAUUGCUGAAAACUUGACUUUAUCCAGCAGUGCUUUUUCCGUUAUCCGUAGAAUUAUUCUGAGAGAGAGCUGUUUUUAAUUGUCCAUGAUGAAUUUACCAACAGGCAUAGAGUUGUUUGAACCAUGGAAAUAUUUUCUACAAGUGAUAAUAAGAUUCCUUAUUAAUUACAGCUUGGUUAUUGGUGCUGACCUUGAGGUGGUAGCAUUUUAGAUGAGAGGCCUGGUAGAAAAGAAACGCUUGAAGUUGAAUUUCAUUGCUCUUAAAUGACUGUACUUUUCUUGCCAUUUCCUCUUCUGUAUUUUGAUUGAAUGGUUGUCUACACUCCUUGUGUAGACUUCAAGACUCCUUGUGAACUUCAAGAAUGAAAUUUAACUGUUGUCAAUUUUGGCAAAGAACUAGCUUACUUCUCACCUAAUGGCUUCUUUAUUGUGCUUAAAUUAAAAACUAUAUGCUAACUUCUGGUAAAUAUAUGCUGAAUCUAAGUAUUGUUUCUGGAUAUAAUGAACAGGUCAUAAAAGGGUAAUGGAUCUACCUUUUUUCCCUAGCGUGCCUGUGAAUCUCUGUUAACAUUCAAAGUUUGUAUAAGAAUUUUCACUGUAUAGAAUGUAUGCAUUUGGAGCACAAUAAGGAAUGGUGUGUGUGUGUCUGUGUCUGUAAGUUCUAGUUCAAGGAGCAGAGGAUUAUUUCUGCAUUUAGAGCACGCAGUGGUGGACUGGAGUCAGGAUUUCUUCUGAAGUUCCAUGCAUCCUGUUUAAAACAAAAAAGAAACUUCAUGAGUGCUAUUGUACACAGUAAUUUGAUGUGCAUUUAAUUCAUGCUUUAUCUAACAUGCAGAUGAGGGAUGCUGAAUUCUAAGUCUAUUGUUGAUGCUACUGUAGUUGCAUUCUAAGAACUGCAGAAGUGAGGAAACAGACCUCUCUGUGUUCAGAGGUGGAACAAAUUACUCAAGUGUAAUGACUUCUUGGACUCCAGAGUUUGCUUGAGGGCACGGAAAAAAUUUCUUAGUCAAGAUAAUGCUUUACAAACAUAUUGCUGGUGUGUGUAUUGACUUGUUAAAUCAUAGCUGAUGAGUGCAAGUUUGUCUUUGAAUUUACCUUGCAACACAAAAACCUAUAAAUAUGUGUGGUUUAUAUUCAUUUUGUAUAUUCUGAAAGAGUGGAGGUUGAUAGAGGAGCUGAUUUCAAUUAGGCCUGACUUAAUUGCAUUGAGCAAAAUGCAUUGUUUUUUCUUUGGUCUUUCUGUCUGUUUAGACUGCAGAACCUUUCCAGAUACUUUAGUAUCCAAAUGGUUAACUUUUUGAGUAGUUUCCCUUUUGUUGGGUGCUGCUGUCAUGGAUUGAAUAUAUUCUCCUCUGACUACUGUUGGAACUGUCCACUGUAAAAACUACAUGAAAGCUGAAUCUCUGGCAUAAUUAAUUUUUCUUCCUUUUAUUUUGAGGAAGAACAGCAGGAGGACACUGGAGUUUCAGUUUGAAAAGAAUUUACUUUUCAGACACAAGAUGCGUUUCAGAAUUAAGCUAUGUAACUACAUGAGGUUUGGGCGGGUAUUAGAGUCUGCUCUUCAGUAUAAAAUUAGCUUAAUUUCCACUACUCAUUGUGAAGUGCUUUAAUUUUACAGUCCCUUGUCAAGG